AUGGCCAUUUCUGAAGACAACCACUCCUUGAUAAAUGAGUUUGUCCUUAUUGGUUUUUCUGGUGAACCUUACCAAAAUGUAUGUUUGUUUUUUGUGUUUUUAAUCGUAUAUAUUGUUUCUCUUUUGGGAAACAUUGGGAUCAUUUAUCUUGUCUGUAAUAAUAUAAAGUUUCAUACACCCAUGUACUUUUUUCUUAGCAACCUUUCUGUUAUAGAUGUUGUUUAUGCAUCAGAUAUUGCUCCAAAGAUGCUCGUAGGCCUGUAUUUUAGUAAGACAACAAUUUCUUAUUUAGGUUGUGCUAUACAACUCUUCAUAUUCUGUGCUCUUGGAAGUAAUGAGUGUAUUCUUUUUGCUAUUAUGGCUUAUGACCGUUAUGUGGCAAUAUGUAACCCACUACACUAUAACCUGACAAUGCAGAAGAAGACAUGUCUGGCAUUGAUGCUUGGAGUUUAUAGUACUGGACUUAUUCAUUCUCUAAUAGAAACUAGCUGCACCUUUCAUCUUUCCUUCUGUUCAUCUAAUAUCCUCUAUCAUUUUGUCUGUGAUUUCCCUCCAUUAUUAAGUAUCUCUUGUACAGACACAACAAUAAAUGAAAUAGUUCUAUUUGUUUUUUCAUCUUCUGUCACCACGCCUUGCAUUGUGCUCAUUAUUGGGUCAUAUAUGUCUAUUUUUGUAACCAUUCUAAAAAUAACAGCUCCAGAAGGAAGGCAAAAGGCCUAUUCUACAUGUGCCUCCCAUAUGAUAGCAGUGACGUUACUUUAUAGUACAGUUCUUUAUGUGUAUCUUGCUCCAAAAUCUCCAUCCUCUAGAAAUAAUGUAAAUAUGGCAACUGUGUUUUAUACAGUGGUACUACCAAUGUUAAAUCCAUUAAUUUAUAGCUUGAGAAACAAAGACAUAAAAUUAGCUAUAAUACAAUUAUUCCAAAGUAAGCUUUGA